ACUCUUUUUUAGCAACAACACCGUGAACUGCACUCUUUGGGAGUCGUAUGCCGACCAAUUCAUCAAGUUCAAUCAGGAUCGGGUGAAUGCGUCUGCACCAACUGUGGUCCUGCUUCAAUAUGCAAAAGUCAAGGAAGAGGGGAAGUUCCCGCUGUCCGUGACAAACACUUACAACAUUACCAUGCUCUACCUGGAUGCUGAUUUUCUGCCAAUCAAAGAUUUUAUAGACAACAUCCCUAAAGAGUUGGUGGUUAGUGUGUCUGGAAAACUAACUUGUAAUUCUCAGCUUACCUCACAAGGCUCUGAAAAUACUCAACAAACUCCUGUUCAGAAGCUGCUCUCUAAGGCUGUUGUUAUGCCUCUCUCUGAGAUUACCAAACUUACUGACAUCACAUUUUGCGCUACUGUUGCCGAAACUAAAAUUUUAGUAGCAUCUCCAUUUGGCUGGUAUUAUCGAUCCUGCCAUUUAUGCCCGAGGGUUGCACGCGGUGACAAACCUCCAUUUCUUUGUGAAGCUGGUCAUUCCACCGAAGCUGAGAUAUUUAGGUAUAAGAUAGAAAUUGAAGUUUGUCACUCAGGGAAAAGCUGUAACUUUGUUUUCUGGGACAAAGAAUGUGUACAGAUUUUGGAUUUAUCUGCUGCUCAGAUGCGCGACACUAUGAUUCAGGCUGGAAUUCAUGACCCAUUAGAAUUUCCACUUGCACUCGAUGCGAUGUUGAAUUUGGAGAUGGCAUUUAAAGUUAAGUGGCAUCCGCGUUGGAAAAAUUGCUCUGUUGUCAUGCUCCUAAGAGAUGACCCCUUCAUCAAACAGCUUAAGGCCCCUUGGGAACUUCCCCUGCAGAAGGCUGCAGGAAAUGUCCCGUCUAAAACAUCGGAGCUGCUGCAGAUUAAAGAGAGCAUUGAUGAGGUGAACACCGAAGCCCCUGAAGAAUGUGAUUUGGUUACGGAUCUUGAGAUUACGUCUAAGCAUAACCCUGAUCCGAUAACACCCACGUCUAAAAGACAGGUUCCGGAUGGAUCAAGUGAAUCAACAACUUUUGAAGGAUUGUCUGAAGGAGAACUCUCAUCGAACAAGCUUAAGAAGAUCAUCAAAAUGGAGAAGAAGGCUUAGUUGUAGCUAUACUUUGUUUAUUGUCUUGAAUCGUAAUCUGUUUGUUUCAUUGUUGCAUUUUACUUUUAAAUCUGUUCUAAAACUACUUUAGCAUUUGUGGUUGAAGUUUAUCAAUAUGCACUAUUUAUUCAUAA